AUGGAGCCACAUACGGGCGAUGUGCCUGGUACUCACCAUGCGAUUCUUUACCAGGACGGUGGCCACGCGCAGAGAGAGGCGCCUAAGUAUGGACCUGAACUUCCGGAGAUUUGCUGGCUAGAAGCAAAGUCAGGUGGUAAAUCCAUCCCACGUGCUGAGAUCACAGCACCCGACGAUGCUGUUAGAUCACUGCUGUCGGACGCCAAGCACGAGCUCAAACACACGAGAUAUUUUCUUCGAUCAUCGGUAUCCAGUUCAUCUGCCCCCCAGUCGACCCGAGCUACGAAGAGAAACAGACCCAAGAAACAAGCCAUGGUGAUUGAACUCAAGCCAAUCCGAGACGUCAAGAACAGGGUUUCCAAGAAGAAGGGAAAGGAUAAGGAACACGAGUCAAGGCGCGUUCGCAUUCUAGCAGGCUUAGCCAAGAGCCAGCUCGAGCGGACUUCAAACGACGCCUGCGAGGCCGGCAGUAUCGACAAACCCGAUGUAGAAGCAUCUUGUUAUCCUCGUAUCAAGGUCAACGACCUCGUGGGAGCGGCCGAACACGCAGCGAGACUGAUGAACCCUGAAUACUCCUCGUCAGUACCUCGACUCGUCUUCUGGGCUGACGGGUCCUGGAAGUCAGUCAACUAUCCGCUCUCAGGGGCUGGUGUUGCAUACAAACGCUAUCUCGAGCCUGAAUCUCCUUGGAUUUUUAACGCCUAUGGCAUGUACGGCUUGUGCAGCCCCAAGGAUGCGGAGCUAUUCGCAAUCGAGCGGGCGCUACGAAUCGCCUUCCAGGAGGCACAACUAUGCUGCAGACCAGCUGCUGAGGGAGACCAUAGCGGAGAAGAGUUAUUUCCCACUGUCUUUGUCCUCACCGAUUCACAGCCAUCGCUUCGCGGGAUAGACGAAGGUACCCGGGGUGCUAAACGGCCUAGUUGCCUCGUCAACAGCAUUCUUGACGGCAUGCAACAGCUGGGCAAGCUGGGUGUCCUGGUCGAACUCCAUUGGGUCCCUGGCCACACCAACGUUGAGCAUCUUCUUGGAAAUAAAUACGCGGACCAGCUGGCUCUACUUGGAAGACAGUGCGUGUUGGAGUGGCAACCCGAGAUGGCGUACGAACACCGCGGGAAAUUCCUUGAGGCCUUUCGGACACCAGUACCUUUUGGACUACAACUUGAGACCGGUGCUGUCAGGAUUAAGCAGACGAAGAGGAUGAUAUCAUCGAAUGGUUUGCCACUAUCGCAAGAGACAUCAUUACCGAAACAACUGGCAUCGUCACGUAUAGUCGAGCCCGAGAACCUGGGUCCCUGCCUCAUCGGUGCGGACCUGGGAGGCGAGCCCAUAUAUCACCGUGGGCCGGGGCUAGAUGUGAAUGAUAGCGUCACAGAUGAUGAGUUGGAAAUCGUGAUGUGA